ACGAGCUCUUACCGCAGCUCUAAUAUCCGAUCAGUAUGCCGGAUCGCCAUUUGGCUGUUACCUCCAGCAACGAUCAAAAACGAUAGUAUCGAAUUGCUUACUAUUGUGGCGAGAGGCACUCGAUCUUAUACAAUCGUGUACAAAACGACUUUAUUUGAUUUUGUCGUAGAGUUUAGGUUUUACGGAUGUGUGCAGGGGGGCAGCCGCAGACCACGUGGGACGAGAAGAUUCAGCAGUUUCUCACUACGUUUGUCGAGAGCGAGUCAGAGUUUGACUGCGAGCUGCCCGGACUACUCAUACAGCAGAUGGAAUCUUUGCUGCCUCUGGGCCACGGCAAGGAGUGUCUCGUGCAAGCUCAAGAGCACGUGCUCAAGAGUUUGAGACUGCAAUGGUCCAAGUACGCCGCGCGAGAUCUCGAGUGCUUUUGGACCAAUGUCAACUCGACGUCUCGCUCGGCCACUCACAAGCUGCUAGCCAGACGAUCUCCCCUGCGCAGAACGACAUCGAAGUCACCUCUCGCUGACAGCACGCGUCCUGCUAUCAUCAGCGGUCUCUCCGCCUCCAGUUACCGUUGCUGGAGAUCUCUAGUACUCGUGCGACCACAAUGGGAUCGAGGUCUUUGUGAGCUACAUGGAGUGUCCGGAGUAACAAGUUGUGGGAGUGUAACAAGUCUGGGAUCGCGCCGGGGACCGGUGAUGUUGACCACCGACCAACUAGAGCAUGUGCGACUGAGACUCGAAGAAGAGAGGCUGAGAAAGCUGCGCGAAUCGCGCAUCAUCAGAGUGAAAAAGAUCACCGAAGAAGUGGUCGAAGCGAAACCGUCUGUUCAGCUUGACGCUGGAGUUGCUAUCAACCAGUUGACGAGACCCAAGAAGUUCCAUCAGGUUCUUCUCAAUCUCGAUUAUCGAGAGCAUUUUCGCUGUUUCCUUACCAUGCAAGAAGCGGAAAUACCGCUGCAGUUUUGGGUUGCGGUCUAUGAGAUGAAACGACAGUGUCGAACACAUACGGAAGCGCAAGAGACGGCCAGACAGAUCAAACGACGUUUCUUCAGCAAAGCAAUGAGAAAAGGUGCCGCUCUUCAGUGCAAAGAAAAGCUGAUCACUGACAUUGGUGCGGCCGAGGACGUCUCACCAGCCGAUCUUUUUACUGCAGCGUCUUUGGUGGCUCAGAGUCUUAAGAAACAGUGGUUUUCUUACUAUCGGAAUACUCUUCCUCCUGCUGAGGGCGACGACGAGGAAGAUGAGGAAGUGAUUGAUGUCAAAGCAGUGAUGAUUGCCACUAGGCCACAAUUGACACGUCAAAGAAAAACACGAUAUCUAUGGACAACAUGCAUAAAAAGAAUCUGCCAUUUUAGAAGAGGUCUAAGUUCAAAAAUAACAAGACGGGCAUUCAAAAGAUAUCUCAAUCUACAAAAGUUUAUGCCCGACGGCCAACGCAAGCCAGAAUAUGCAAUGCGAAAAAUUAUGAAGAAUAGCCAGCUCAUCAGCAUCAGUCGCUUGACUUACGACUUGGACUUCUGGGUUGAAGUAGAUAAAUACAAGCAAAUGGCCGACGAGGCAGGAAUGCCGUGGGGUGAGCAAACCCGUGAAGAGGAAGCUUUUAUUCAACGCAAAGCGUUCGCCGUGAUUAACUGCUUUCUAGACUCGGUCGUUCCGCCGAAAAUUCAGGUCAACGUGAGUACAGAAGUUGUGAACAAAAUUGUAGACAACGCGGCAUGUGGAACAAUCAAAAGGAGCAUUUUUCAUGCUGCCUCAAUGCAGAUAUUUAAUGUUUUAGCCCACUAUUGGAAAAGGUUUUGCUGUCAUCGUGCAGGCUUAGAAGCUGAGGUGGAAAAGAGACGCCCUUCACAGAGGCCAAGCAUACUCUUUCGCCAACAACCCAGGAAGACCGAUGGAAGUCAAACUUCAGGAUCUAGUAAUAAAUCCAAGAAAGAGCAAACUGCAGCAGGAGAUGAUGACGUUAUGUGCAUCUCAUUCUCAAUAACUACAGGAAUACAGUUGGAAAGGCACCGUUUUUCUCAUAUAACAAACGAAGCAACGGCAGCUCAAUCCUGACACUGCUAGC